UAAGUGACAUGAUAUGAUGCGAAUAUUUUUGUAAUGUUUUGUUAUUUUGUAACAUUUGGUUAAAUUAAUGAUUAAAAGAUGUCUGCUAUUAUAAAAUUCGAAUUAAAAGAGUUGAGGAAACUAGCCAAUGAUAAAAAUUCUUGUGUUGUGGAGAGGAAAGUGACUCAAAAUUUAGCUUUACAACCUUGGUGUUUAGGGAACUUAAAAGAGUCUAUAAAAAAGUUAUUAGAUUACAAAAUUGGCAAAUAUGAUAAGGAAUUUCAAGGAAUAAUAAUGAGUUACAAAAAUUUACGCGUUCUUCAAAAUGUAGGAACUAUUCGAAAUGACAAUGGCGAUAUAUAUUUUCAAGUACAAGCUGACUACUUUGUAUUUCAACCCCGUGUAGGUGCUACUUUGAAAGGCAUUGUCAACAAAAAGAGUGUAACACAUUUAGGAAUUCUCGUACACAGAGUUUUCAAUGUUGUUAUACCAAGACCCACAGAAGAACCAGGUAACAAAUGGAUUGGUACAAAUAUUGAUGAAGGACAGGAAGUUGUAUUUCGAAUUGUAGUUUUGGAUCUGUAUGGAGCAUUGCCAUAUAUUAGAGGAGAACUUGACGAAAGGUGGAUAGAAAAUGAGUACGAGGAAGAAAUCAUGGAUUCAAAACCAUCAAAAUCUAGAGUCAUUGAUGUCUCAUAUGUUGAUUUCAACAAAACUAAGCCUAAUGUGGCAGACAGAGCCAUAGGUGAUGGAUGUGAGCAAGCAACUUCACAAGCAAAAACAAAGUCUCUCAAAAGAAAGGAUAGCAGAAAUAAAAAUGUGUCUGUAGAUGAUAGCAGCCAAGAAAUAACUAAUGGUCAACAUGAUGAUGUGAAAAGUGUUGCCACAGAAAAAAGCAAAUCUAAAAGACACAGUAAACAUGAAGAUGCAGUAAGACAAAUUGAAACAAGUACAAAAGUGUCUAAAAAACAGAAAAGAACAUAACAUUAUGGAAACCAAAAUAAUUGUGUACCACGUGUAUUAUAUGCCUAUAGAAUUUAUAAAAAAUCUUAUGAAAUCA